AUGGCACCUUCUAGAGUGGACGAUAGCGUCGAUCCAAGACCAAUUGGGCAAACCUUGCCAACUGUGAAACCAAAUGGCGAAGGCCACCUGCUACACCGUUCCCUCAUAGAACAUCCUGUCAUGGUAGAGAAGGCGAAAGGGCUGACACUGCAUCUUUCCGAUGGCCGGACUGUCCUCGAUGCUUGUGCGGGUGCCGCAGUGGCCUUAAUCGGUCACGGCCGAGAAGAGGUUCAUCAAGCCAUUGUGAAGCAGAUGCAGAAUGUCAGCUACAUUCAUACGCAGUCCUACACUACCUCGUCGGCAGAGAGGCUGGCCGACUUUCUUCUGAGCGGAAACCCCUACGGACUGGAGAAGGCAUUUUUUGUCGGCAGUGGCAGCGAGGCGAUCGAGUCGGCUUUAAAGUUGGCGCGACAAUAUCACUAUGAGCAAAAUGAGCCUGCACGACUCCACUUUGUCUCCCGGCAGCAGAGCUAUCACGGCAAUACCAUUGCUGCCAUGUCAAUUUCGUCAAACCUUGCUCGCAAGGUUCCCUUUACGGGCUUUAUGUACCCUCAUACCUCUCACGUUUCCCCCGCGUACGCAUACCGGCACCAGCAAGCGGGAGAGACAGAGGCCGAAUUUGCGGCCCGACUGCUACGUGAACUUGAAGAGGAAUUCCUCAGCAUCGGUCCCGAGAAGAUUAUUGCCUUUGUAGCCGAGCCGAUCGUUGGCGCGACCGCGGGUUGCGUCACAGCCCCUGCCGGCUACUUUACCGGCGUCCGGACCCUGUGCGAUCGAUAUGGUAUUCUACUGAUACUUGAUGAGAUUAUGUGUGGCGUGGGGCGUUCGGGGACCUUUUUCGCUUUUGAACAGGAGAAGGUCGUACCCGACAUCAUGACUAUCGCUAAGGGACUAGGGGGCGGAUAUGCACCCAUCGCAGGAGUCUUGGUCCACAAGAAGGUAAUUGAUGUGCUCCGCAGAGGGAGCAAUGCGUUCAAUCAUGGACACACUUACCAGGCUCACCCUGUUUCUUGCGCUGCCGCAUUGGCGGUUCAGCAGAUUGUCCGUCGAGAGAAUCUGGUUGAACGCUGCGCCGCCCUGGGACAGGUCCUAGAACAGCAAUUGAGGACAGAAUUGGCACACUGCCCAUCAGUGGGCGAUAUUCGCGGACGAGGCCUCUUCUGGGCCGUGGAGUUCGUGCAGGACAGAGCAACCAAGGCGACAUUUGAUCCCACGGUUAAGUUCGGCUUGCGAGUCCAACAAGCUGCGUUCGACCGAGGAUUGGCCGUCUAUCCCGGUGCGGGGACGGUGGAUGGCAUGCGAGGCGAUCACGUCCUCCUGGCGCCUCCUUUUACUGUUACUGAGGCAGAAUUGCGGAAGAUCUGCGAGAUCUUGCGAGAGGCGGUAGAAUCGCAGGAAAAGGAGUAUAUGAGUGGUUAA